AUGACGAAGAAGAACAAAGUGAGUCUCAUCAUUGAAGAUCAAUGAGACGAUACGAUUCGACGUGAAAUCAACAGAAACUUUCGAGAAACGAGAAUGUCAGAGCUAUCCUUCGUAAUCCAAGAACAACAAAGAAACGUUUCGCAAAUAGGACAGGAACAAGGUUGCACCACUGCUUACCACUGUCGACAAUCCAGUAGAAGGUAUCAGGGUUGA